UGCCCUGUCAGAUGUCAGUUUCAUUCAUUCGCGUUCAUUUGGAUUACUCAUUUUGCUGUCACGAAAAUCUUUAAAUUUAACUAUGGCUAAUCCAAAGUAUGCCGAUCUACCAGGAAUAGCUCAUGAUGAACCUGAUGUUUACGAAACUUCAGAUCUUCCCGAGUCGGACCAAUCUACAGAUUUUUUUGAAGAAGAAAAUGAUCCAAUUGAAAGAAUUCACCUUUCAACGGAUGAGGCUUUCAACAAAUUCAAAGGAAAGUACUUAGAUUCUGAAAAUGUUGAUUUUUCUACUAGAUUGGCCAAAAGAUCAAGAACGGGCUAUGAUGCUAGAAGUUGGGAAUGGGAGCUCGUAGGUUCUGGUGAAAAUGAAACGCUAAUUCAAAGAUAUAAUAGAUUGUUAUGUGAGAUGAAGGAAGUUUUAGAAGAGGUUAAUAAAUUUAAGAAUGUUAAGAAAGAUGAAGGAGAUAACUGUCUUCUUUCUAGUCAAAAAAUUGAGCAGGCAUUAAAACAACUAGCAGAUUUGAAACUGGAAGACACAUUAGGUGAAGAAAUUAUGCAGAAAAUAUCUGAUCCUCAGGGGGCACAACUUAAGACAUUAUUAUCUCAACUUGAACAGUUCAAAUCUUCUAUAAAUGAUCAACCAGAAUCUGAAGAAGAAACAGGUGGUUCUGGAAUUGUUUACCAGUUCAACUACAGACCCGAACAUGCUCGAUUAGCCCAGACAACUAGAGUAGCAGAUUUAGAAUCCAGACUUCAUAAACUAGAAGCAGUGAUAGGUGAACCAAGUGAAAAAUUGGCUAGGUUGACUGCAGGGACAGUUAAAGGUAGUUUGUAUGAAGUAGCUGAACAAUUGAGCGCUACAGCCAGCCUUUUAGAUUCUUCUCAAUUAGAUCAUAUAGAAGGGCGCCUAGGAGCUCUUGCACAAAAAUUAGAGUCUAUAUCAGAGAAAAAAAAGGAAGUGCAGAAAGAUGAUGAAAAGGAUGAGAUAAUUUUGGAAUUGUAUGAAAUGGUGAAAAAUACAGAAGGUGUUUCUAAAUUAUUACCACAAACUAUUGCAAGGCUAAAAGCAUUAGAACAGUUACAUAAUAAAGCUGCAGACUUUGCAAAAACUCUAACCCACAUAGAAUUGACUCAGGCAGAGAUGGCAGGAUAUGUGCAAAAUAACAAGAUGCUUUUACAGGGUGUUCAAGAAAGUUUUGCUGUGAAUUUGAAUGAAAUGAAUUCUACAGUCACUUGCUUAAAUACAAGAAUUAAAGCUCUUGAAAAUAAAUAGUUUACUAAAUCAAUUAUGCUUAUUUAUCACAACUAGUGUUUGAUAUAUCUAUUUUUUUUAAUUAGUGGUGUAUUUAAUUUAUU